GUUGUAUUUCGCAGCGCCAGUGCAAGUGCAAGCUAACGCGCGCCUAGCAAUCGUGCCAGCGAAGCUUCGUUUCAAACGAAAGUAUAUAAAAUUAUAACGUCCCGCCAGUCUUCCUUUCAGCUAAUUCAUUUCCCCUCGCACCCAAGCAUGUCCCCUCAAACCCUAGAAGUUGCAGAGCCAAUCACAAACACACGCUGACAGAAAGAGCGCGAGCGGAAUUUUGAAUUCGGCAUUCGGAAGGGCCAGAAUCCACAUUCACUGCAACCAAACAGAACCGGAUGGAGUCCCUCAAAGUAGGUUGUGACCCCAUUGACAGUGAACGGGAUGAUGUAGACUAUGUCUCUGGGAUUAGUACUUUACUUGUUGCCACGAUUCAGGAGGCCAAAGACAGGAUUUCUCAGAUUGAAUAUGUUUUCUGCAACCAGCUCUAUACAUAUUUCCAAUCCAAGUCUAACAGCUUCCAGAAAUUUGAAAACCAAUGGAAAGAGAAGGAAGAUGAUCUCUUGCGUCAAAUUGAAACGCUUCGAGCUGAAAAGCAACAAACCCUUGAAGAGAACCGCUUACUCAAGCUUGACAAGGGAAAUCCGCACAAGGAAAGUGAAGAGAAGGUGAACCAACUACUUGCCGAACUGAAAGGUGUACAGCUCAAAGGUACUGAGCUUGAGCGAAUGCUUAAGCAGAAGUCUGCGGAAGUAGAUAAGGGAAUGGAAUUGGAGAGUAAGUUGCUCGGAGUGAUUCAAUCCAAAGAUGCUGACAUUAUGGAUAAGAAAAAACAACUGAAAGAGAAUGAAAAAGGUAUAAACGCGCUUCUUGCUAAAUUGAUUGAUCUUCAAACUAGAGUUGAUGAACUCCAAGAGGAGCUUGGGGAAAAGACUAACCAAAUAGCCAAUGGAAAGGAUCUUGAAGAAAAUUUAUCUCGAAAGAUUGAGCAUCAGUCUUCUGACAUCGUGAAUAAAGAAAGGGUUUUGAAUGAUCAAGAAGAAGAGAAAAAACUACUUAUGGCCAAAUUGGAAAUUUUGGAAGAAAAUGUUAGUAAACUCCAAAAGGAGCUCCUCUCAAAGAACAACGAAGUGGAGGGUUGUUUAAGGGAGAAAAACCUGCUUCUUGCCAAAGUAACUGGUUUAGAGGAGAAAGUUGAUGAGCUUCAGGUGGAUCUCAGAGGAAUGGCGGCUGGUGAAGUGGGCAAAAGAACGGAUUCAUGUGAAAAGUUACAUCAACAAAUUGAAUCAAUGACCUCGGGUUUAUUGGCUGAGAGGAAGAAGUAUACAGAUCUUACUGUUGCUUACAAAAAUUUGAAAUCUCAACACAAUUAUCUCCGCACAAAGCUUGGUCUAACUAGGGAGAAUAUGCAACUGCAGAAUAAGUUGGAAGAUAGAAGUGAUUUGUUGAGAAAUGAUCAGAAUCCAUCAACUUCCCAUGAAGUUGUAGAGAAAAAUCAGAAUGGUUCUGCAGCAGCUUUAUGCACAAAAAAUGCGAGGAAUGAAAUCAGUUGUAACAAUAACUCGGAGGAUGUGAAAGGAGGCAAGCCAAUUCAAGCAACUAGUCCUAUCUCUCCUACUUCCUUCUUCCCCAUUGCACCAAAAUGCCCUCCCUCAUCAAAAUCUACCCUAGUAGCUGGGAGAAAACGGCCUGCUUCCAGCUGGGUGGAUACUAGGUCCCGUCAAGGCCAAGAUGGGCGUGACCCUCACGAUGAUUUUCUUGAUACUCCACUUGAGAACAUCAGAGGAAACUUGAACAAAGCCACAAAGGAACAGGUUCCUGAUCGUCCAGUUCCAGCUCCAAAUGACAUGAGUCUAGAUAGCUCAGAUGAUGAAACGCAGGAUGUGAAUGCUGUAAUUAGGCCACACAAGCAACAAUUGCCAGUUCCAGUGCCCGGUAAAAAUGGCUUCAAGUUUGUGGAACCUGUGAGAAAGAAAGCUGAGCGGGAAAAUUUGAAAGGAGUUGAAUGCAAGCAGUGCAAAAAGUUCUAUGACGCUGUCCUUCCCAACGACGGCGGUGGUAAGGACACUGAUAAUAAUAAGCAUAAUUUUCGCUGUGAGCACCAUGAAGGUGUUUCUCGUCAUCGGUAUAGGUAUGCUCCCCCUCUUACUCCAGAAGGAUUUUGGAAUAUUGGAUUUGAAUCCGAAAUGUGAUAGUGAGAAAUUUUUUAUUCAUUUUUUCUUUAAUAGAGCAUUGACUUGUAUCGAUAUUUACUUUCAUAUAAAAAAAGGUCCAUACUUGUCAAAUAA